UUAUCAACAAGAGUAACAAGAGUAAGUCAAUCCUUAUACCAAUUACAAGCAACGCUUGCAGGAUUGAACUUCUGGAACAACACAGCUUCAAAGCUCCAGCCAACGAUCAAGAAUACUUCACUAUUUUAG